GCCUGGCCCAAUCGGGAGCUACCUAAGCUUCCCCAAGAAGGCAGCCUCAAGACUACGUACGUGCGGCCACAAUAAUCACUGCAUCAACAUCACGACUCUACCUCCAACUUCGCCGCGCCUGCACGACCACCAUCGCGCAUUGAUUCCUACCUCUACCCAGUCCAGCAUCCGUCGUAAUAGAUUUACAUUGACGAAGCAACGAUGCCUACUACAACAGCAGAAACUCUCUCCCUCGUUACUCGAAACGUCACCGUUGCGCCCCUCGUCCUUCUCUCAGCCGUCGACCACUACAACCGAACUGUUUCUACCAAGACAAAGCGACGAGUAGUUGGUGUUCUUCUAGGACAAAAUGAUGGAAACGACGUGAGAGUGUCAAACAGUUUUGCUGUUCCCUUCGAGGAGGAUGAGAAGGACCCUUCAGUAUGGUUCCUUGACCACAACUAUGUCGAGUCGAUGAACGACAUGUUCAAGAAGGUCAACGCCCGAGAGAAGCUCAUAGGAUGGUACCACACUGGCCCCAAGCUACGCGCAUCUGAUUUGGAAAUCAAUGAACUCUUCAAGCGCUACACACCUAACCCUCUGCUCGUUAUUGUCGAUGUUCAGCCCAAGGAGUCGGGAGUUCCUACAGAUGCUUACUUCGCCGUUGAUGAGAUCAAGGAUGACGGCACAACCACUGCCCGAACGUUUGUUCACACUCCUUCCGUUAUCGAGGCCGAGGAAGCAGAGGAGAUUGGUGUUGAGCACCUGCUAAGAGAUAUCCGCGAUGUGGCCGCCGGAACAUUGUCCACACGAGUCACAAACCAGCUUCAAUCACUCCAGGGCCUGCACCUGCGCCUGCGAGAUAUCGGCACAUACCUCCAGAAGGUUCUCGACAAGCAACUACCAGUCAACCACGCGAUCCUCGGAAAUUUGCAGGAUGUCUUCAACCUGUUGCCCAACCUCUCGACACCCGAAGGAGAUGGCAAGUCUGGCGGUGGCGAGUUGGCAUAUGCGAUGAGCGUCAAGACCAACGACCAGCUUAUGGCUAUUUACCUGAGCAGUCUGAUCCGCGCCAUCACAGCAUUCCACGAUCUGAUUGAGAACAAGAUCCAGAACAGACAACAGCAGGAGGAGAAGGAGGCUAAGAAGGAAGAGAUCAAUGGCAAGGACGAGAAGAAGGAGGGCACCAAUGGUUCAAGCGGCGACUCCAAGGAGGGCGCGGAAAAGGACAAGGAGAACAAGGAGAUCAAGAAAUAAGGAAUAAAGACAAAAGACCUGGCAGAUGAACUAGACUUGGACUGAGGCACUUUGGCGUCUGGCGGAGGGGAACCACGGCAAAAGCGCCUUUGUACAUUGAU